AGCUAUGAAGGUAGUGUUCUGGCACGUGGCUUUCCAGGAACGAUAGCUAAAUAAAAAAAUAUAGAGUGAUUAUCGAAUUUCGUUAAAAGAUGGUUAAAAUAACAUUUUUACAUCCUGAUUUAGGAAUCGGUGGUGCUGAAAGAUUGAUUGUUGACGCUGCACUGGCGCUUAAAAAAUUUGGUCAUGAUGUUAAUAUUGUUACAACACAUCAUGAUCCGAAACGUAGCUUCGCUGAAACAAAUGAUGGAACUUUACCGGUAGCAGUAGUUGGUAAUUGGAUACCUCGUCACAUUUUUGGAAAAUUUUAUGCACUGUUUGCUUAUUUACGUAUGAUUUACGCAGCUAUAGCUAUUUACUUCAUCACCAGUCGCCCCGACAUCAUAGUUUGCGAUCUUGUAUCAAUUUGUAUUCCAAUACUCCAUCUAUUCACUAAUUAUGUAAUUUUCUACUGUCAUCACCCAGACCAACUUUUGUCUCAACCUGGAGGUUGUUUAAAAUCAAUUUAUCGUCUUCCACUUAAUUACCUCGAAGAAACAACUACCGGUCAAGCUGACAAGAUCUUUGUCAACAGUAGUUACACUUUGAAAAUAUUUAAAUUAACAUUUAAACGUUUACAAAUCACUCCGGAAAUUCUUUAUCCAUCAAUUCAUACUGAAUUUUUUGAUACUGCUUCUUCGCAGCCUCUAAAAAGUAUUCUUCCCGAAAAAUAUAAAAGUUUACCUACCGAUUGUUUAAUAUUACUAUCUAUCAAUCGUUAUGAGCGUAAAAAAAAUUUGUUUUUAGCAAUAGACACACUCUCUGCCUGUAAUAGAUUCUUAAAUGAUGAGGAAAAUCUUUAUAAUCGUUUAUAUUUAAUAAUUGCUGGUGGUUAUGAUAAACGCGUCAAUGAAAAUGUAACUUAUCAUCAAGAGCUUGUCGAUUAUGCAUCUAAAUUAAAUAUUAUUGAUAAAAUAAUAUUUUUAAAAUCACCGACAGACAGUGAAAAAAUUUCUUUGCUAAAAAAUUGUGAUGUGUUAAUUUAUACACCGGAAAAUGAGCAUUUUGGAAUUGUACCUUUGGAAGCUAUGUAUUUACGCAAACCUGUUGUUGCACAUAAUUCUGGUGGACCCAUGGAGACGGUUGUUAAUGGUGUAACAGGUUAUUUGGUAAAUGGGAAUAAUAUUGUCGACGAUUUUGCCAGUAAAGUUGCGAAGUUAAUAAAAGAUGGUGAAAUGAGGAAACAAUUCGGUAAUGCUGGUAGGCAGAGAGUUAUUGAGUCAUUUAGUUUCACGGCAUUUGGAAGACAAUUAAAUCAAGUAGUUAAUGAUUUGGCAAAAUAAAAGAACUUUGUUAUGA